AUGGACAAUGUGGUUGAGCCAGCUAUUAGGAUAGUGAAGAAGAGCAAGAAGGCAGCAGGAAGUAGGUUAAAGAAUUCCAUGGUAGUGGUGAAUGAUGCCCCUGAGGAAGUAGAAGCUGAUACAGUUGAAGAAGAAGAGUUGGAACUGCCUGCUGAUAGUGAUGCAGAAGGUGGAGUUAGACUAAAUUUUAAGAGCUUUAUGCCUGAAGAUCUCAACAAUCCAAUAUUCAAGCUUGGUAUGACUUUUCCUUCAGCUGAGAUAGUGAGGAAUGCUGUGACAGAAUGCAACCUGAGACAUAUGGUGGAUCUGAAAAUGCCAAGGAAUGACCAGAGAAGGAUUGGUGCUCAUUGUGCAGAAGGAUGCCCUUGGAAUCUCUAUGUCUCAAAGGACAGCAGAACAAAGAAUUUCGUAGUGAAGAGAUAUGUUCCAGAACAUAAUUGCAGGAGAGAGCGGGCUCUGAGGAGAUGCACUGUAGCUUGGCUUGGUCAGAAGUACUUGGACAGUUUCAGAGCUGACCCAAAGAUGACAUUAGGGAAUUUUGGUAGAAUUGUGCAGAAAGAGUGGAAUCUAAUACCAUCUAGGAGCAAGCUUUGCAGGGCAAGAAGCGUGGCACUGCGACAAAUAUAUGGUGAUGAAGUGGCCCAGUACAAUCAUCUCUGGGACUACGGACAAGAGGUAAGGAGAUCAAAUCCAGGCAGCACAUUCUACCUUGGUUUAGGUGAUGGACAUUUCAGCCAUCUCUAUAUUUCUCUAGAUGCUUGCAAGAGAGGGUUCCUAACUGGAUGCAGACAUGUGAUAUGCUUGGAUGGAUGUCACAUAAAAACCAAGUUUGGAGGCCAACUACUAACUGCUGUAGGUGUUGACCCAAAUGAUUGCAUAUUUCCAAUAGCAUAUGCAGCUGUUGAAGUGGAGUCCAAGGCUACUUGGAAAUGGUUUUUAGAAACUUUGAAACAAGACUUGAACAUCUAG